AUGCGUUGUCUGGACACACACACCGGGGAGUUCGUCGACAUCAAUCCAGAGUGGACGAACUAUGCCAUAUUGUCGCAUACCUGGAACGAAGGCGGAGAGCAGACGUAUACCGAGCUGAGGGAGAUCCAGAAGCGUUGCUGUUCCAGAGGACAUCCUCCACAGGGAGGAGCGAGGGGUCUCCCUCCAUUCUUAUCCUCUUCCCUGGAGGUACCGUCAGGUAGUACGGUGGCCUCCGUAUCACCGGCUAACAAGGGGAGGUUGAUUCCGUACGAUGACACCAACCUCAGACCGGCAAGGCGCGGAUCUACGCAGGAUGACUCAGCCACAUCACACGCGGAAGAGCCCAGCCUACACCGUUCCCUAAGAGAACUGUGGUCAUCUAUUCUGCUCAUCUUCACCCUGCUCAGCUACCUUUACUUCGGCCCAUCCCCGGGCUCUUCAGAAGCUGCUCCUCUCUCUGACGAAUCUCGGAUGCCACAAUGCUCCAUCUGGGACGAUCCCGAUCUCGCGCGAAAAAUUCGAGAGGCCUGCAGGGUAGCCCGCGAGGCUGGUUACCAGUACCUAUGGAUCGACUCGUGUUGCAUCGACAAGGCAAGUAGCUCAGAGUUGUCCGAGGCGAUCAAUUCAAUGUAUGACUGGUACGGCCGUGCGGAGGUGUGUUAUGUCUACCUAGCCGACGUGUCCUCCGGCGAGGAUCCUUACGCAUGCCAGUCCUCCUUCCGGUCGAGCCGAUGGCAUAGGCGCGGGUGGACGCUCCAGGAGCUUAUUGCUCCCCGCGCGGCGAUCUUUCUCUCGAAGGAUUGGGAGAGCAUCGGAUCAAAGCACGCUCUAGCUGCGCUUGUAGAGGAAAUCACGAUGAUCCCUCGGGAGGCUCUACUCCACCUGGAGUCGCUCGAUGAGUACAGCGUAGCCGAGCGACUCUCGUGGGCAGCCCAGCGGGAGACAACACGAGCGGAAGAUCGAGCCUACUCACUUCUCGGGAUCUUCGACAUCAAUAUGCACACGCUAUAUGGCGAGGGCGAGCGCGCUUUCCGACGGUUGCAAGAGGAGAUCUUGCGGCGAGUGCCCGACCAGAGCCUGUUUGCAUGGGGGAAUGUCUAUGCAGAUACCGAGGCACACCAGGACCUUGCCCAGUGCCCGUUGCUCCAGGCUGCUAACAGCAUCACAUGCGGAAUAUCCGAUGACGUAUCCGAGACGGCUCUUUUCGCUCCGCACCCUGAGAAGUUGACCAAGGGUGGUAAGAUCAGAGCAGUGUCUCAUAACGACGUCUUCCGCCGUCUCCGACUCGCCCACCUUCCUGUCACGCAAUACGUCUCCACCCCUCACGGCAUCCAGAUGCAGAUCCCAGUCAUACCACUAGCUCGCUGUCUUCGUCAUGGUGCCGUGCAAGACUCCGAGCACACUCUGCAAUCCCGAUGGUAUCUGGCCAUACUCGGGUGCGAGCACGUUGACCACCCCGGCGCCCUGCUUGGGCGGGUCUGCUACAUCCCUUCGUCCGAGUCAGGCAUCGACCACCUGUACUGCGGAUUUGCUGGUCCAGGGCAUUUGUACAUGCAUUUCAACCUUUUCCCCUUGUCAUCGGCCACCAUGGAACGCUGUCAUGAGGAUAUUCAGCUCAAGACAGUGUACAUAUCCCACCCAAUACGCGCUACCCUACAACCAGGGACAGCUCGCUAUGAGCCACACGAGAAGGUCAAUCUCGUUCUGCGGAGGAAGACUCGAGACGCUCUACGCACCGAAGGGUACACGGCUGAACUCCGCGGUCCGGAUCAGGAGGAACCCACCACUCAUUGGCUAACACUUUCCAGCGACGACCACAUCAUAACCAUCGUGUACCGGCAGACCCUGGACGAUGAUAGCAAAGAACUGACCGUCGAGGCCCAUGUGACGAUGUCGCGACCCUCCCUCAAUUCGUCUGGGGAUGUGCAGAUAGUUUAUAGAUCCGUGAAGUGGAGGGAGAGUGUGUAUUCUGCACCGUGGGGCAGUCUACUCAGCAGCAGGGAAAUCAUGCUCGCCGUCGCGCCUAGGAAGCUCACUGUGACGCUUGGUCUGGACUGGGCGACAUCAUCACAUUACUUCUUACGCGUCGAAAUCAACUCCAGACCGCUCUUAGUCACACCAGCCACGUCCCUCGAGCUGGCACAGGAUGAAGUGUGUCGAACGCCAGGAUCCGGUGGAAGAGGAGUGGGCUUGCAGGUCAUUGGGGCUGAUGGGAAGGAAGCGUAA